AGAACAUAAAUUGAAAUUCCUAAUACGUCCUUCGAUUUUGAUUCAGAUAUUGUAACUUAUCGUUGAGGAACACAGGGCAAGUCCACAUAUUAAGGCGACCUUCAGCGAUCAUCUUGCCAUAAGAAAAAUGGUAGCGACCCACAUGCACACAAGGCUCGACAGAGCAUUUGCACAGCCAUCAGCCGCCCUCCCCUGCCGCCGCACCUCUGUCAGGACAAUGGCUGCCAUUGCAGCGCCUCCCAAGACUAAGCUCAACACACAGAAGUCUGAGGAGAUCUUUGCAGAGGCCCAGACGCUGCUGCCGGGAGGAGUCAACUCGCCGGUGCGUGCGUUCAAGUCUGUGGGCGGCCAGCCCAUCAUCUUUGAGAGCGUCAACGGCCCCUACUGCUUUGAUGUGGACGGUAACAAGUACAUCGACUAUGUGGGCAGCUGGGGUCCUGCCAUCGUGGGCCAUGCGCACCCAGAGGUCACAGCGGCUCUGGCCGAGCAGAUCAAGAAGGGCACGUCGUACGGCGCCCCCUGCGCGCUAGAGAACGUGCUGGCCAAGGUGGUGAUCGACCGCGUUCCCUCCAUUGAGAUGGUCCGCUUUGUCAACAGCGGCACUGAGGCCUGCCUCUCCGUGCUGCGCCUCAUGCGCGCCUUCACCGGCCGUGACAAGGUGCUCAAGUUUGUGGGCUGCUACCACGGCCACGCAGACAGCUUCCUGGUGCAGGCUGGCUCUGGUGUUGCCACCCUGGGCCUCCCAGACUCCCCAGGAGUGCCUGCUUCCUCCACAGCCACCACGCUGACGGCGGAGUACAAUGACUUGGAGGCCGUGCGCGCGGUCUUUGAGGCCAACAAGAACGAGCUGGCGGGUGUCAUCCUGGAGCCUGUAGUGGGCAACUCCGGGUUCAUCCCUCCCACACAGGAGUUCCUGGAGGGCCUGCGGUCGCUGUGCACGGAGCACGGCACGCUGCUGUGCUUUGACGAGGUCAUGACCGGCUUCCGCAUCGCCAAGGGCUGCGCGCAGGCGCACUUCAACAUCAUGCCCGACCUCACCACCCUGGGCAAGGUGAUUGGAGGUGGACUCCCUGUGGGCGCAUAUGGAGGCCGCAAGGAGAUCAUGCAGAUGGUGGCACCUGCAGGUCCCAUGUACCAGGCAGGCACACUGUCAGGCAACCCGCUCGCCAUGGUGGCCGGUAUCAAGACCCUGGAGAUCCUAGACAGGCCAGGGGCCUACGAGCAUCUGGACGCUGUCACUGGCAAGCUCAUCCAGGGCCUGCUGCAAGCCGGGCGCGAGGCUGGCCACGACAUGUGCGGCGGCCACAUCAGCGGCAUGUUCGGCUUCUUCUUUAACAAGGGCCCAGUGAACAACUUUGAGGACGCCAAGCAGUCGGACACGGCCAAGUUUGGCCGCUUCCACCGCGGCAUGCUCGAGCACGGCAUCUACCUCGCUCCCUCCGCAUACGAGGCUGGCUUCACAUCACUGGCCCACACUGACGAGGACAUUGAGGCCACCAUCCAGGCAGCACGCGAGGUCUUUGCCGAGAUCUAGAUUUGCAUCAUGUUUAGCAGAUCAAGUUGAGGAUGUGACUUGUGCAUGCUACAGUGCGCAUUGUAGUGGCCAUGUCUUGUCAAGCACCUGGUGAACAACCCAAGGAAUGCCACAGAUGGGACCUAAGUCAAUCUGACGAGACAAUUCAGUCUCUUUUAUUGCCCUUGCUAAAAUUGGUGUGACCACUUCAAAGCAGCAAAGCUGGGGGCCUUGGUUUGAAGGGCACUACUUGGUUGUCAUUUUUGAAGCGCCUGAGAAGAAGAACAUUGUGCAAUAUAGACAAGUCAAGAUUGAAUUGUGCUGAUACGCUCCACUAAAAAACACGGAUGGGACAACUUUGGUAUAAUUUGAAGAUUGGGUUGUUUACAACUGUAAUGUCUGCAAUGAU